AGUAUAACGUGUGUGCUUUUAAACUAAACUUAAUUAUGGCGUCGACAUAAUCAAACAGUGAGUGUUGACUGAAGCGUGCUUGGAUCAUUUUUCCAUCGUACAGUAUGCAACUGAUUGAACUUUUUUCAUCCGACGCCGUAAAAUCCUUCGACGCGCAUUAACAUUGUAUGCGACAAUACGAAUGGUCCCUCACAUCAAACCUUCCGAAGAAUUCAAAAGAAUGCCGAAUUGAUGCGUGUGCUGGCAGAUGCUACCGCAGAAACGUACUCAGGUCAGUAUCAGCCCGAAAACGAUCAGUUAGUAGACUUCCGCAGUGUGCACAUGCACACACAUGCGGAUCGGCGCAGUCGGUUAGAUUCUUAUUCUUCAGUUGGUGGUACAGUCGACCACAACCCUUCACACAGAGUAACAGUAAAGUAACAUAUUGACAUUAACACGUGCGAUACCGUUUUAAAUUUUAAUCUUCAAAUACAAGACAUUAAACAAGUGAAAAUGUUAUAACAAAAACAUGAAUUGUUAGAUUAUUUAAUUCAAACGGAAUUAUAAGGCGUUUAAAAAAUUAAAAAUGAGUUUUAAACUUCAAUACUCUGAUUAUUACCAUCCGAAUUUUGUGAACAUUGCUGAUCUAAGUUACGAGAGCCAAAUCAAGCUUGAGAGAGAUUUCAACAUUCGAAUAAGCGAGGCGCCAACGCGUUACGUUUACGACAGCUUUUCUUCCACCACACCGACGUAUGAUUCUUACGAUGAUCAGUACUCCACCUACUUCGACAUCACUUCGACGAUCAACAACAACGAAUCGGAUUCCACACUUGAUUCUUCCACUAAAAGCGGUGGAGGUAAAAGAAGAAAACUCGGUAAGAAACGUGCGGUUUUGGAUGAUCAACCGCCGUCACCGAGUGUAGUUCGCAAACGGAGAUUGGCGGCGAAUGCUCGUGAACGCCGCCGCAUGAAUGGAUUGAAUGAAGCUUUUGAUAGACUACGUGAAGUUGUGCCUGUAAUGGACGCCGAUCACAAACUUAGCAAAUUUGAGACGCUGCAAAUGGCGCAGAACUACAUCGAGGGAUUGGUCGACCUGUUGCAUCGCGAUGCGUUAAGUAAUAGAUAAACACUCCGAAUAAAUGUUUAUAUUUUUAAAAUCAAAAAAAUCAAAAUCAAAAAAAAUUAUAUGAUU